AUGAUCAUUCUGGUGCGCCAUGCACAGUCAGAAGGCAACAAAAACCGCGACAUCCAUCAGACCAUUCCAGACCAUCGCGUGAAACUCACGCCCGAAGGACAUCGACAAGCGCAAGACGCAGGGCGUCGAUUACGUGACCUUCUCAAUCCUGAUGAUAAACUUCACUUCUUCACCUCCCCUUACCGGCGGACAAGAGAGACCACCGAGGGUAUUCUCGAAUCCCUGACCUCCGAUACACCUUCGCCUUCGCCCUUCCCGAGACAUACAAUCAAAGUUUAUGAGGAACCUCGGCUUCGGGAACAGGACUUUGGCAACUUCCAGCCAUGUUCCACAGAAAUGGAGCGCAUGUGGAUGGAGCGGGCGGACUAUGGUCAUUUCUUCUACCGAAUUCCGAAUGGCGAGUCCGCGGCAGAUGCUUAUGAUCGAGUGAGCGGGUUUAACGAGUCCCUCUGGCGUCUGUUCGGCGAAGAUGACUUUGCCAAUGUCUGUGUGCUCGUCACACAUGGGCUCAUGGCGCGAGUGUUCCUCAUGAAGUGGUAUCACUGGAGCGUGGAAUACUUUGAGGAUCUUCGUAACAUCAAUCAUUGCGAGUUCCUCGUGUUGACGCACAAUCCCGAGAAUGGCAAAUACGUUCUUCAGAACAAGCUUCGUACCUGGUCAGAUCUUCGAAAAGAGCGAGAGCGCGAAAGUGCCUCCAAAGAGCAGGCCCCUGCACCCACCACCCCAGCGGGGCAGGUCGAUCAUGUUCCAAUCCGGCGCAAAUGGGGUGGUUGCCCCGAUGGCUGCACUCACGGCAUGACUGUAGACGCCAAGCUAACGUUGCGAGCGAGUUUACUAAAUUCCAUGCGUCAUAGCCAUGGCUAUCCAAAGCACACCGACGACCAUGUAGCCAACUUCGGCUCGAAAUUGCAAAGAUCUGUAUCUAUAGACGAGAUUGUGUCAUCUUCUGAAGAAAGCGCAGCUCAAGAUGAUACCGUUCGCAAGUCCAAUGCUCGACGAAGUUCCAAUCCGCAGCACACAAUUCGCAACGAUGUCCAUGGAAACACCACGAAGCAUGGCGAGUCCAGUUCAGAUGCCCGACCAAGUCUCGGCACAUUGCAUUCAGAACGAACCAGUCACCACGGACUCAACCGAAACAGCGAAGACCAUCAUGCACACCACCCCACAGCCUCUUCUUCAUCCUCCGCGCACCUAAAGUACGCUCUCCUCCACUUGGGCGGUCGUGACGGCGGAGGUUCCAUGAGCGGGGCGAACAGUCUCGCCCCAUCCGACGACGAAGGCGACGACCACCAUUAUGACCACCACCGUGUCCCAACCCCUUCUAGCUCCAUCGCUGGCGCAUUAUCCCAUGCGAACCAAUCUAAUUUCGCCUUCCCGUCCAACUCCCACACCCGACAACAAGGACCCUCGCAGGAACUUGAAGACGAUGGCGACGAUGAGAUGAGCGCCAAUCCCACGGAGAAAUCAAAGAAUCCGCGCCUGCAUCACCCUCACCACCAUCACCACCACCAUCACCACCAGCAGCAGCAACACAAUCUUUCAUCAGGCAGCCUACCCGAGCACCGAAUGGCCAAUAUCCUAGGUGACGGAGACGAAUCCUCAAACCCCUCAGAAACACAGAGCCAAAAUGCAGAGACGUUCUCUACGGGUUAUCCGUCUCAUCUGCACAUAGAGGAACUAUCAUUGGAAGAACAGCAAAAGCAAGACCAGAGUAUCCAAGGGAGCGUAUAUUAA